GUUCUAACAAACUUCAUUGGUAAGAACAUUAGCUGGAUAUUGUGUGGACGGCUCCGAAACGUCGUUACUUGUACUUAACCUUUCCCAUCCACAUUGAAAACCACCCACCCCUUUCGUUUGGAUUUGUUUGAACAUUAUCAUUUAGGAUGCUGAGGCUUUCGAAUUUGCCAAAGCUUGCCCCCAAGCUUGCACGUCGGUUUGCAACUUCUGCUUUACCAAAAACGGAAACUACAACCUUGAAAAAUGGAUUAACCAUUGCUACUGAACAUCAUCCUUAUGCUCAAACAGCCACCGUUCUCGUUGGUGUUGAUGCUGGAUCAAGAGCCGAGAGUGAAAAGAACAACGGUGCUGCUCAUUUCCUUGAGCAUUUGGCUUUCAAGGGCACCAAAAACCGCUCCCAACGUGCUCUUGAGCUGGAGUUUGAGAAUACCGGUGCUCAUUUAAACGCUUAUACUUCUCGUGAACAGACCGUUUACUAUGCCCAUGCUUUUAAAGAAGCUGUUCCCAAGACCGUCGCUGUGUUAGCUGACAUCUUGACCAAUUCUAGCAUUUCCUCUGCCGCCGUUGAACGUGAGCGUCAAGUCAUUUUACGCGAACAAGAGGAAGUCGACAAGAUGGCAGACGAAGUUGUCUUCGAUCAUUUGCACGCUACUGCCUAUCAAGGACAAGCUUUGGGUCGUACCAUUUUAGGACCCAAGAAAAACAUUGAAUCUUUGACCCGUGAUGAUCUUCUUACCUACAUUAAGGACAACUACCGUAGUGAUCGUAUGAUCCUUGCUGCCGCUGGCUCUAUCUCCCACGAAGAACUUGUCAAGCUUGCCGAAAAGUACUUUGGUCACUUGGAGCCUUCUACUGAACAACUUUCUCUUGGUGCUCCUCGCGGCCCUCAACCCCGCUUUGUUGGCUCUGAGGUCCGUAUUCGUGAUGAUUACUCUCCUACUGCCAACAUUGCAAUUGCUGUUGAAGGUAUGAGCUGGAAGCAUCCCGACUACUUUGUUGGUUUGGUUAUGCAAGCUAUCAUUGGUAACUGGGACCGUGCUAUGGGUGCUUCUCCCCACAUGGCUUCCCGUUUGAGCUCUGUUGUCCAACAAGACCAAUUAGCCAACAGCUUCAUGAGUUUCAGCACCAGUUACAGUGACACUGGUUUAUGGGGUAUCUACUUGGUAACUGAAAACCUUGGACGUAUUGACGACUUGGUCCACUUUACCCUCCAAAACUGGGCUCGUCUUACUGUUGCCACUCGUGCUGAGGUUGAACUUGCCAAGGCUCAACUCCGCGCUUCUCUUCUUCUUUCUUUGGAUUCCACCACCGCCAUCGCUGAAGACAUUGGUCGCCAGUUGCUUACCACCGGCCGCCGUAUGAGCCCUCAAGAAGUUGACAUGCGUAUCGAGCAGAUUACUGAGCAUGAUGUUGCCCGUGUUGCCAAUGAAAUGAUUUGGGAUAAGGAUGUUGCCAUUUCUGCUGUUGGUGCUAUUGAAGGCCUUUUGGAUUACAACCGUGUUCGUAGCAGUAUCUCUAUGAACCGUUGGUAAGCGGAUCUUUUUGAACCAUUUACCAAGUAUUCCCUUUUUGUCUUUCUCCUUGAUUCUUUUCGGUAUAUUUUCCUAUGCUUCACCGUCCUUACGAUUUGUACGCCCCCUGCUUUCUUUUUAAGUUCAAGUCCUCCCUUUACUUCUCCUUUCGUCAGACGAUUCUACAACUUGUCUUUUCAGACGCGGUUAUUCCAUCAGAAUUGUUUUCGAAAACGAAAAGUUUCAUCUUGAAUAUGAGUUUCUUGGCAAGCUUAUCUUUUUGAUGAUUAGAUCAUGAGCUAAGUUGUUGUCACAGUUGACUUUUCUUGCUGCAAAUUCCUUCGAAGCCCAUUACAACGACAGAUUGCUUUCAAGUCUUACAAUCAAUUCCUUUUACUCUUUUCGAGCUUCCGGUAUCUCCUUUCUACAUAAUCUCCCUUCUCCUAUAACAGAAAAUAUCAUUAUUUCUAAAACACGGUUCCGUGUACUGAUUAUCUUCGCGUAGCAAUAGUGUAAUAAAAUACAAAGUAACCGUACUGGUAUCCCAUUGCAUGGUUGAAGAAUCGUCGUAUUAUUGUUACAUUACAAGCCAUG